AUGGCGCCCCCUAAAAAAGAUGCUUUCUCGGAUCUCCUCAAUUACGCGCAUGAAAAUCUGCUGAAAUCUUUGACCGGCUCCUCUUUGACUAAUCUCUCUCUGAAACCAGGGCCUCAGGCCCAAGCCAAGCCUAGCGACACAAAUAACUGGGGCAAUUUAGACAUCUUGAUGCCGACCCUGGUGCUCAGCCCGCCGGACAGCACGUCCCUGACCCCUCUGAAUAUUUCAGACCCGUUUGACUUUUUCGAGCUCAACUCUCGUCCUGAAAUGGCUCUGGUCCAAAGUUCGAGUCCCAGUGGCAUGUCUGACGAAAGCUCGCCUGCACCAAAACUUCCGAAUAGGCCCAGUGCAGACGCCACGUUGCUUGACGACGAGUUCACAGACGCUUUUCCCAGCACGGCCCUGAAACCCCAAAGAAACGAGUCUCCAAUUGCAGAGCCAGCUCCGAAACAACAAAACAGCGAUCCGUCUACUCAAACUGGCGAAAGGGACCACGUCUUAGCGGCACUCAUGUCUGAGGGGUUUCCAAUUGACAUUGCCAACAAGGCAAUUGACCGUGUGGGCCCUGAUUUCGAAAAGUGCGUGCGCCUCAUAGUUAUGAAGAGCGUGCGUCCCGAAACCCAGAGACUGGCGUCUCCAUCCAUGGAUCUCGGGAGUGCUUUCCAAGGUGUGUCCAAUGACAUAUAUAAGAAGGCAACCUGGCUCCUUGAUCAAUCGCGGAAAACUGUCAUCAAGAACAUCAACAACUUGCAAGCCCAAAGAGCUCGGCGGGAGGGAAACGAUUUGCCCGCAUGGAUAGCAAGCCAGCAUAAAUACAAGGAUCAAGCUGUGGAGAGAAAGAAAGACGGUGGCAACUACGAGGAUUAUGGCACCGACGAUGAAAACAUCAACGAAGCCGAAAUCAGGAGUAUUGUCCAGGCCCAGCGACAAAAGGAAGUUGAACGCCAGCGUCAGAGACUAGAAGCCUUAGGCAAGCCCAGCAAACCGAAAGGCUCUCAUGACUUGCAAAGCUCGAGAGAAAACAGAACUACAGGACCCAGUUCGGUUCCGGGGCACGUGACUUCGUCUGAGCUUCCGGUGGCCCCUGAAAGACAACAUCAUCUUAGUUCACAAUCCUCGGCAUCCUCGCUUCACAAAAACGAGCAUGCACAAGCACCCCCAACUCCGGAAGUCGAUUUGCUUGGGCUUGGGACCCCGCAAGCACCACUUACUAGAGCGCAGCGAUUCAAACAGAAUUCAAAAGACGACAUGUCCUAUGUUUCCCCGUCUAGACGCAGGCAUGCGGAUCACAAGAGCACAGAAAGGACGCCCAGACCUGCCACGUCCGAACCUUUGAACACGUUUGCACAGUCUGACUAUGAAACACACAAAGCCAAGGGAGCGGCUUCGUUCUCCGCGGGCGAUUAUGACAACGCAUUAACCGCAUAUAAUAGAUGCUUACAAAGCUUGCCCGAAAAGCAUGAGCUUAGGAUCGUCAUCACUUCGAAUCUCGCUCUCACUGCAAUCAAGAUAGGAAACUACCGCCUUGCUUCUCUGAACUGUGAAGAAGGUUUGGCUCUUGUCGGUGAUCAUGCUGGUGAUCUGGAAUGGCUUCUAAACGACAAGAACAUAAAGUAUUGGUUCGUGCGGCUUUUGGCACGGAAAGCCGAAAGUUUGGAAAUGCUCGAGAACUUUCCGGCUUCAUUGGAGUGCUACAUGCUUUUGAUCACGAAGUAUGGAGUGAACGACAAAAAGACCAUGGAUGCAAAGAGAAGAGUAAACAUUAUCGUGAAUCCUGUGAAACAGACAUCGAAACCGACUCUGAAACCCGCACCGCUGUGCAAAACCUCACCUUCUUUCUCGAGCAACAAGAAACUCGAUCAGGUGAAGAACCAGCACAUGAAAGAAAAAUUACAGGAGCAGCAAAAAUUUCAAUUACACGACGUCGUGGAUGAUAGAAUCCAACAGUGGAGUCGUGGUAAGGAAGACAACUUGAGAGCUUUGCUCAUGUCCUUGACUGACGUUUUACCACAGCAUCUUGGAUUUCCCUUCAUUACGAACAAAAAAAUCACCAUCAAUGAAUUGAUGCUUACGAAGAAAGUGAAGGUACAUUACAUGAAGGUUAUCAGCAACAUUCAUCCAGACAAAUUGGGAAGUUUUCUGCUCGAGGAUCAAAUGAUUUGUCAAGCUGUCUUUGUCACGUUAAACAAAGCAUGGGACACAUUUAAGGUCCAAAAUAAUAUAUCGUAA